UUCCCACCUCUAGCCAAACCCCCCCCCCCACCGCCACCCCUCCUGCAAACCUCCACACCCCCAACCAGAGCAACAUGGCGAGCGAUAAAGCUUUGUCCUUCGCUAAGGAUUUCCUGGCCGGUGGAGUAGCUGCUGCUAUCUCCAAGACGGCUGUAGCCCCCAUCGAGAGAGUCAAACUGCUGCUGCAGGUGCAACAUGCUAGCAAACAAAUUUCAGCGGACAUGCAGUACAAAGGGAUCAUCGACUGUGUUGUACGCAUCCCCAAAGAGCAAGGUUUCAUGUCUUUCUGGCGUGGGAACAUGGCUAACGUGAUCCGAUACUUCCCCACCCAGGCCCUCAACUUUGCCUUCAAGGAUGUGUACAAGCAGGUUUUCCUCGGAGGCAUUGACAAAACACAGUUCUGGCGUUAUUUCGCUGGUAACCUGGCUUCCGGUGGUGCUGCUGGUGCUACAUCUCUCUGCUUUGUCUACCCCCUCGAUUUUGCCCGAACACGUCUGGCCGCCGACGUCGGAAAGUCCGGUGCAGAAAGAGAGUUCAAAGGAUUGGGUGACUGUCUUUCCAAGAUCUUCAAGUCCGAUGGCUUCAAAGGGCUGUACCAGGGCUUCAAUGUGUCUGUGCAAGGCAUCAUCAUUUACAGAGCUGCGUACUUUGGAAUCUAUGAUACAGCUAAGGGCAUGCUCCCCGACCCUAAAAACACCCACAUUGUGGUCAGCUGGAUGAUUGCUCAAAGCGUAACUGCCGUUGCUGGUGUGACAUCAUACCCAUUUGACACUGUACGUCGUAGGAUGAUGAUGCAGUCCGGGCGCAAAACAGCUGAUAUCAUGUACACGGGCACAAUUGAUUGCUGGAGGAAGAUUCUUCAGGAUGAAGGCGGCAAGGCCUUCUUCAAGGGUGCCUGGUCCAAUGUGCUCAGAGGCAUGGGUGGUGCUUUCGUACUGGUCUUGUAUGAUGAAUUCAAGAAAGUUAUCUAAAUGGUCACAGAUUUCAGUGUUAUGUGACUGAUGUGUUGUACUUGUAACAUAUCCUGUACAUUCAUGGACUGUAUGUCAAAUUGCAUCUUUUUAUUUAUGGGGUCCAUCUGGUUACUUUCUACCAGUUGGGUUGCGAGGACCAUGUUAAGUGACCACGAUUACUUUUCGAUACAACAGUAUCAUUCCAUACCGAUGAUGGGACGACAUGACUUCAUCCAGCCGGUCUGUUCUUUUUAACCACCAUAAUAACAAAAAAAAAUAAAACGCUGAUGUAAAUC